AUGGCUACUGUAGCCGCUGUACAUCCCGUCUCGGCCUCAUUCCUGACGCCAACGGCUGCCGCGCCACCGGGCCAGCCGGACAUCCAAUAUGCUCCAGACUAUGAGAAGUACCAGGCUCGAGGAGCCCGGAGGUUGCAGACCGAAAAGCUCCCAACCUCAGUGCCAGAGGGAUUCCCCGACCAGCUGACGGGAGACAUGGUGUGGGAGGGUGAGACCUUGGCCGAGACAUACGACUGGACCUAUGUGCUCAAGGAAGACCAGCUGGCCGAGAUAGAUGAGGCUGUCCAGCAUUUCAAGUCUCUCAACCUGCCCAUCUCGCACGUCACCCAGGAGACCUUCCCCCUCCCCAAUCUGCACGCCGAGCUGCGCCGCCUGUCGCACGAGCUGCACUUUGGCCACGGUUUCUUCGUCCUGCGCGGCGUGCGCGUAGACGACCACACCCGAGAGGAGAACGUCAUCAUCUACACGGGCCUGUCCGCCCACAUCGCAGCCCAGCGCGGCCGCCAGGAUCACAGGAGCCCUCUGGACGGCAGCCCUGCGGACGUGGUCCUCACGCACAUCAAGGACCUGAGUUAUCUGGCCGGCAUGGAGGGUAAGAUCGGCUCGCCGGCGUACACGACCGACAAGCAGGUCUUCCACACGGACUCGGGGGAUAUCGUGAGCCUGUUUGCGCUGGAGACGGCGGUCGAGGGCGGGGCGAGCAAGCUGGCGUCUACCUGGCGGGUGUAUAACGAGCUGGCUUCGAAGAGGCCUGAUCUCAUACAUACUCUGACUCAGCCUUGGGAUAUGGAGGUAUUCGAAAAGGACGCCAAACAGAAGUUCACCCCACGACCUCUCAUGUUCCACCAUCCGGCCACAGACAAGACCCCCGAGCGGGUCAGCCUGCAGUAUGCACGCCGUUACUUUGUGGGCUUCGGCCAGCUGCCCCGAAAUCCCGAGAUCCCUCCCAUCACCGAGGCCCAGGCCGAAGCUCUGGACGCGCUGCAUUUCCUGGGCGACAAGUUCUGCGUCAAUACGCACUUUGCCAAGGGCGAUAUCCAAUAUGUAAAUAACGUUGCCCUGUUUCAUGCCAGAGAUGGGUUCGUUGACAGCAACGAAAAGCGCACAAGUCGACACCUACUCCGACUCUGGUUGCGGGACCCAGAAUAUGCGUGGAAGACGCCAGAGGCUAUCCAGUGGAGGUGGGACCAAAUCUAUGGCGGGGUGACCCCCGAGAAGGAGAUCUUGCCUUUGGAGCCAUUUGUGCGGAGUGCGGGAAAAGGGCGCUCAGCUUGA